AUGAAUCAUGAAGGAAUCUCGGACGGCGCCGGGCUGCCGUUUUCCGAUAUUUUAGCUCUCAAUAUUCGUACCGAGAUUGCGUUUGGAAUGUUCAAUGAUGGAUGUACAAGCCUAUAUUGGAAGACUGAGAGCGAUUCCUUUUUGGCUCAAAAUUGGGAUUGGAUGGAAGAGCAGAAGCAGAACCUUGUCAUCCUUGAUAUCACCCGAGACGACGGACCUCGAAUCAAAAUGGUUACCGAAGCUGGCAUUAUCGGAAAGAUUGGACUCAAUGAACUGGGCGUAGGCGUUUGUUUGAAUGCCAUUAAGGUGCCAGGGUGCGAUUCUUCGCGCCUUCCGGUUCAUCUUGCGCUUCGAUCGGUCCUAGACAGUCCAUCAGCCGACGAAGCUGUUCGGCGCCUGGAAGAGGCUGGAAUAGCCGCUUCGGCGCAUAUUCUCAUUGCAGAUAAAGGAAAAGCCAUCGGACUGGAGUCUACAGCGGACACAAUCCGGCUUAUAGAAAUGGAUGCUGAAAGUCGGAUUUUCCACGCAAACCACUUGUUAUUUCCACAUGAUGGUCCCGUGGAGGCUGGCUGGUUGGCCGAUUCGCCUUCACGCCAGCAACGCAUUCAGAGUCUAGCUUCGGGUCUGGGCUCAUCUACGGGCCGACAGCCAGAUUUAGCCGACAUUACACGUAUGUUGGAUGACCAUGACGGAUAUCCGCAUUCAAUAUGCCGGUAUGAGAAAGGCCCCUUGGGGAUGGAUGCCACGCUGUUCAGCAUUGUUAUGGAACUCCGGGGUAGAACUGCUCGGGUAUCCCUGGGAAGACCAUGUCAACCCGAAGAGAUCAUAGCACUGAAUUUUGAAUGA